GAGAGAAGGAGAGGAAGAAAAAUGGCGGUGAAGGUGUACGGGCCUGACUACGCGUCGCCGAAGCGAGUGCUGGUGUGCCUGAUCGAGAAGGGCGUCGAGUUCGAGACCGUCCCUAUUGAUCUCUUCAAGGGCGAGCACAAAGCCCCUGAAUUCCUGAAGCUCCAGCCCUUCGGAUCAGUUCCUGUGAUUCAAGAUGGCGACUAUACUCUCUUUGAAUCGCGGGCCAUCAUAAGGUAUUAUGCCGAGAAAUACAAGCACCAAGGGACCGACCUGCUGGGGAAGACGAUAGAGGAGAGGGGGCUCGUCGAGCAGUGGCUCGAAGUCGAGGCCCAGAGCUUCCACCCGCCAAUCUUCGACCUCGUCCUCAAAAUUGUCUUCGGCCCGUUUUUGGGACUCACCCCGGAUCCGAAGCUGUUCAAAGAGAGCGAGGACAAGCUCUGUGUGGUUCUGGACAUCUACGAGGAGAGGCUGUCGAAGAGCAAGUACCUGGCGGGGGAUUUUGUCAGCCUCGCCGACCUGAGCCACCUCCCGUUCACGCAGUACUUGGUGGGCAAAAUGGGGAAGGAGUAUCUGAUAAGGGACCGGAAGAAUGUGAGCGCAUGGUGGGAUGAUAUCUCGAGCAGGCCUUCCUGGAAGAAGGUCCUCGAGCUCUGGCCCGGUCUGUAUUAGGACUGUUUUAUUAGGUGCGCCGGGUGCACCCGAGUCUUCGGCCUAUGCGAAGGAGUUUUCGAUUUCCAUGGACUAGCGAGUCUCUCUGUGCCUAAUUAGUAUGUUUCUACUCGAUCCGAAUCAAGUGGGUUCGGGCGAUCUAAUGAGCUCUGUUGAGUCUGAUUUGUGAAGAUCACGUGUCAAGUUGGAUCAC